AUGUCUACGAGCACGCCGUCCCACUUACGACACCCCAAUGGCGCGCCGCACCAUUACCACUACCGACUAAAUCGCUUGAGCAAUGCUCCUAGCCGACCAGUGUCGAUGUGCGAGUCGCCCAUCCCAAGCGUUCCACCUCACGAACUCGCCCCGGUGAAGAUACUCAAUUCGCUUUCUCCAAACUGGAGCGCCCCCACGAGCUCUGCCCCGUCUGCGUGGUCAAAUCACCGUCCAUCCCCCUCCAUACACUCGGCGUCUAAGACGGGAACAAUUCCCAAGGCGCGCUCUCGAUCUCAGACGCCAGACAAUCGCCCCGUUCUCCAGAAACUCCAACUUCAUCGCUCUACGGUUGUGCACUAUGACUACGACGAACCCAAUCCACGUCCUACCCCGGUCUCGAGAACUACACCGAUUCGGACUGCAAUGAAAUCAAAUUCACACUCCAGCUUCGUGUCAUCAUCAUCCUCCCCUUCCCUACACUCUUUGCCAACUCCGAAUUCAACUUCGACGACGAUGAAUUGUAGAGAACGGCCUGCACCAUUAACAAUUCAUGCACCAUCCUCCCGAUCUUCCCAUGUCCGUCACGAAUCAAGUCCGGCGACCUUGUCGCUCUCUACAGGACGGUUACGAUCUGCCAGCACCCCCAAUCCACCUCCUUUCUCUAUUCCCCAGUCUCUGGAACGAGGUCCCAUCUCAUCGAGCCGCGUCACGGAGACUUUCCACAAAUCAUCAGCAUCAGCUGUCCUCGUCGCUCUAAAUCCAGUGUUGGACGAUCACCCGAAACAUCACCAAGAACGCGCGCCUAGCCCAGCCCUGUCAGAUCAGUCAACAGAAGAGAAACGAAGGAACAGCGACGCCACCGCCUCCUCUCCCGGUGUUUUCGGUGAAAUUAAAUACCUCCUGCCCGAGCUUGGUGAGCUUUCGCCCAUCACGCUGAACGACUUGACGGAAUCGCCCAACGACCCUUCGUCGACACCACCUUCCACGCCAUCCAUCUCGCUAGACAGCAAGUCGAUCUCGGAAGAUUCGGACUCGUUGUUCGACGACGACGGGCGGCGUGGAUCGCCUAUGAUACCCCUUUUCGCGAGUUCGCGCCCGACGUCGUUUUUGUCCGACAGAACUCUCUUGACCCGGAAUUUGAAGCGCAGGCGGAGCGUCAUCGUCACACUUACCCCUGCUGAAGAAAGCAACGCGAGUCUGGAAGGCCGACAUUCGGUUAGCAGCUGGAGACACCGUCGCUAUUCUGAGUGGAGCGGAGAAUGGAAUCAGCCUGAUAUACAAGAGGUGAUACAGAAAUUGCGCUCGCUGAAAUAG